ACACUCUUGGUUACACGUAAAUUUAUAUAAUGACAAAAUAAUGAGUCUCAAAAUAAAGGUGCAGAUUGCAAUGAAACCAUCCAAAAGCUGCAAUAUACCAUUGAUAGAAACAAAUUCAAACAACUCCCUGUGUAUGGUCGAGCAAAAUUGGCCAACGCUAUCUUAUUGUCUCGGUUCUGGCAUGUUCUUCGUAUCACUGCCCUCCCAUCCUGCUUUUUCGUAAAAAUCUCUUCAAUGAUUUAUCAGUUCGCUUGCCAAGAAAUUUUUCCUUCCCUGCGUAAGACAACUAUUUACCAUCCAAGACUUACCGGAAGUUUGUGCGUAAUGAACGUCUCUGCACAACAGAAGGUCCUCCAAAAUUGGUACAUUCGAGCUAUCCUCCACAAUAAUUGUAUUGAUCGACCUAUCCCUGCUUUCUUAUUGCAGCUACUUGUAUCAUGCAUUCAAUCGGCUUUCGAUUGCCCAUAUCAUGAAGUACCUUUGCUUUUUCCUAAGGCUUGUAAAUCUACUCACCUCUCUGGCUUACACACGCUCUCUGUCAUUCUUAAAGCAAUCGAUGAUUGUCCUCUCUCUUCCUCCUGGGACGAUAGGAAGCUUAACCUACCUGCAUGUCUGGAAACCCCUUUUGUUGACUUGUGCCAAUCUGGGCAAAUAUGUCCUCAAAUCCUGGAUAGCGCAACCAUUCAAUUGCAAAAAGCACCUUAUUUUCUGAAGAUUGAUCCUUCCUCAGGAUUGCUCCGAUUCGAAAAAAAAAGACAAGAAUGCAAAAGCCCUGUACUGUUGUCACGGAUUCACAAGGUACACAAAGAUGGUUCGCUGCUGUUAUUGCCUUUUUCUCAAGGAUAAUUGAUUCGUCCAUCAGAUCCUUAUCUACCGG